UGUUGAUUAUUUUGCUUUCGAUCUUCGGUCGCGAAGGACCGCGGAGACGAUUAUAGACUGUUCUUUUAUUAGAAAUUCAUUAUAAAAUAUUUCAGUGUGCGUGUAUAAUCAUUUUAUUAAUUAAAUUUCUUCUAAAAGUGUUAAAGUGUUUUAGUUUUAACUAUGGCUACAGCCCACACUGGACAUGGAAAAACGAUCUUAUAUUCUUAUUGGAGAAGUUCCUGUUCUUGGCGAGUACGCAUAGCCCUUAACCUUAAAGAAAUCCCGCACGAAAUCAAACCGAUCUCCUUAAUAAAAGCUGGCGGACAACACCAUUCUAAUGACUUUCGAGAUGUAAAUCCUAUGGAGCAAGUACCUGCAAUGCACAUAGAUGGCGUAAACCUCAUAGAGUCUAUGAGCAUCAUGCAUUAUCUGGAAGAGACUAGGCCACAUCGGCCACUUUUACCUGCUGAUGUUGUUAAAAGGGCUAAGGUUAGAGAAAUAUGCGAAGUAAUUGUAUCAGGUAUACAGCCUCUACAGAACCUUUGUGUGUUGAUUCAUGUGGGCGAAGAAAAGAAGAACGAAUGGGCAAAGCAUUGGAUAAAUAGAGGAUUUAGGGCCGUUGAAAAACUAUUAGGUGCAAGUGCAGGCAAAUACUGCGUGGGAGACGAAAUAACUUUAGCGGACUGUUGCCUCAUUCCACAAGUUUUUAAUGCCAGAAGGUUUCACGUGGACCUCAGACCAUUUCCAAUUAUUUUAAGGAUAGAUAGGGAGUUAGAGAGGCAUCCAGCUUUUAUAGCGGCACACCCUAAUAAUCAGCCCGAUUGCCCACAGGAAGCUCAGAAGUAGAUAUCCGAAAACUGGUUAUAUAUUAAAUAUUAAAAUAUUUAAGUUUAAGUGUUUAGAAUAUUAUUUGUUUUAGUUUUUAUUUCAUUGGAAUUUAAUGUAAAAUUUAAUAUAUAAGGAAUCUUUAAUUUGUAGAAAUUCGAAAGAGAUAAUACGAAUUUAAAUAAAUAAUUAGAUUUAAGUUAAGAUUUUCUUAGUUAGCUACUUCAGUUUAUGUUUCACUAUUUAUAAAUAAAUAGAAAAACACACAAAAGUUUAAAUUUAA